CGUCAUGCGCGCACCGUGCGAGCCCCGGCCUGGGUUGCGCUACUCGCUCCAUCUUGAGUAGAAUAUAGCCUUCGGAACGGUGCGCGUAUAAUUGUGCGGCGAAAAAUCCGAUGUUUAUAGUUUGAAGUGUACAGAAUCGUUUCAAAGAGAUGUCUUCGAAUAACCAGAAGCUGUCGACCACGCAGCGUAUGAUACAAGCGGUUCCAUUUCCACCGAGUCAUAAAUUAACUAUUGCAGAAGUUUUCGAUGCAAGGUCGGGAAAACCACGGCCCGAUGUUCUGAAGCAACACUUUAUACUAGAAGGUCGAAUCGAUGAACAGGCGGCGUUACGAAUCAUCAACGAAGGUGCAGGUCUUUUGCGUGCGGAGAAAACGAUGAUAGACAUAGAAGCACCCGUCACAGUGUGCGGGGAUAUACAUGGUCAAUUUUAUGACCUUAUGAAAUUAUUCGAAGUAGGUGGACCACCAGCUAGUACAAAAUACCUUUUUCUUGGCGAUUACGUCGACCGAGGAUAUUUUAGUAUAGAGUGUGUAUUGUACCUGUGGGCCCUGAAAAUGUGCUAUCCAACAACGUUGUUCCUUCUACGUGGCAACCACGAGUGUCGACAUCUCACAGAAUAUUUCACAUUUAAGCAGGAAUGUAAAAUAAAAUAUUCAGAACGAGUAUACGAUGCGUGUAUGGACGCUUUCGACUGCCUACCGCUGGCCGCCCUCAUGAAUCAACAGUUCCUGUGCGUGCAUGGGGGACUAUCACCAGAAAUACACAAUUUAGACGACAUACGGAAGCUAGAUCGGUUUAAAGAACCUCCGGCUUUUGGUCCUAUGUGUGAUCUAUUAUGGUCAGAUCCUUUAGAAGACUUUGGUAGUGAAAAUAACGCAGAACAUUUUUCACACAACUCCGUAAGAGGCUGCUCAUAUUUUUACAGCUACGCUGCCUGUUGCGACUUCCUACAGAAUAAUAAUCUCCUAUCAAUUAUUAGAGCACAUGAAGCACAAGACGCAGGGUAUCGAAUGUAUAGAAAAAGUCAAACAACUGGCUUCCCAUCGCUGAUAACAAUAUUUUCAGCGCCGAAUUACCUGGAUGUGUAUAAUAACAAGGCCGCUGUACUAAAAUAUGAAAACAAUGUGAUGAAUAUUCGCCAAUUUAAUUGUUCUACACAUCCGUACUGGUUACCGAACUUCAUGGAUGUAUUCACGUGGUCGUUACCAUUUGUGGGUGAAAAGGUGACGGAAAUGCUCGUCAACGUACUCAACAUAUGUUCAGACGAUGAACUCGUUUCGGAAGGCGACGAUGGCCAAGAAGAAGAUGCGAAACAACCAAAAAUAGUUAUUAAAAAACCUGGUACAGCAGCAAAUCUACGAAAAGAGGUUAUUCGCAAUAAGAUCCGGGCAAUCGGGAAAAUGGCUAGAGUAUUCUCUGUAUUAAGAGAGGAAAGCGAAUCAGUGCUUCAGUUAAAAGGACUUACACCUACUGGUGCUUUACCUCUUGGAGCUCUUUCAGGUGGUAAAACGAGUCUCAAGAAUGCCCUACAAGGGUUUUCACCAAACCACAAGAUUACUAGUUUUGCGGAAGCAAAAGGUUUGGACGCGAUUAACGAACGUAUGCCACCGAGAAAAGAUGCUCCUCCAUCGCCUGCAGACGAGGCGCCCCAAGAUCACAAUCACACCCAAUCCAAUGCGCACUCGUGAGCUACACCUAAAUAAUGCAUCACAUAUGUCCAUGCGCAAAUGUACACAAUCAAGAAGAUUGGUCCAAUUGCGAUGGCAUCUCAUCUCUUAUAUACAUGUUACAUCUUUUCUUAGCUUGUAAUCACAAUUUAUCGUUGGGACGACAGGAUCGUUCACAUUCUUUCAAACAAAGUAGCUGGUCUGCUUCCUACCUUCAGUACCUUCCGCAAUUCGAGCCUCCGAACUGGGCAGUUUUUAGUUGAAGCUUUUAUUAAAAAAAAUCUAACUUUGAAAAUGUAAACUGUUUUUUUUAUAGUCAACCUUAAUAAUAACAUUGAUAAUGUUUGAUUUUAUUUGAUAAUACUUUAAUUUCUGUCGAGAAUAAAAUGUUUAUUUAUAGUGUGUAGAGUUGGCGGUUCGAACAUGCAUGGGUUGCACGUGUUUUAUUGAGUGAUAAACGUGCCAUAAACCUGUCUGUCACCAAGGAAAAAUGAAUAUAAAACAUUGUUAUCGUAUCUCAUCAUCUUUCCCAUGUACAUUUUCACUAUACGUGUGUUUAUUUAAGUUUAAACUAUUAAAAAAUUGAAGAUAUUGCUAUAUAUAUAUAUACAUAAAUAUAUUAUAAACUCAUCCAUGAGUCGAGAAAAUAUUUCUAUCAUUUCUCUCUACUAUAUGACAUUUACAUAGAAGGAUAUAUAAUAAUAUAAAGAAAAGUUACUUGUUUACAAAUGGAUAACACAGAAAAUACAUAAACAAGUUUGCUAUAAGCUGUACUUAUUUUUUUGAUUGUACAAAUUCUGUUGACGUGUUUUAAAUGUAGUAUGGAAACUUGCUGGCUAAGAGAACUGUUUCGAUAUUAUUAACAUUUCCAAAAAGAAAAGGGAAAAAAUAAACAACAUAAGUACUAAACUAACUAACAAAUAAUAAUAUCAAUGUGGUUUGUUAUAAAAGACAUUAGAGUUUACAUUUCAAUUCGGAUUGUAAUUUCUCAAAUAACAAAUUUCAAAUUUUUGGGGCUAUUAAAGAUUAUAUUAACUGUUAAUGAGAGUUAUAUAACUAAUUUAGUUUUGUAUAUAUGUAAGAAUAUAGCGGUUGUUAUAAACUCUGUUUUAUAGAAUCUCUUUCUAUGAUGCGAAUUGAAAUCAUUUUCUGAGGCAGCCAGUUUGCUGUGUGAAUGAUUGAAGUUACGUUGUGUGCCAGUGUGUUAAAUUAUAUAUCUAAUUAAACUUAUUAAAUUCUGUAAAUUUAUUCUAUAAUAUAUACAUAUAAUAUUAUUAUGGUAUAGUUGAUUAUUAUAAAGAGAAAAAAAAAACUAGAAAAUAUCUCAACCAAGAUUAUCGACUUAGAAAAAAAUUAGGAAAAUAUCAAAAAAAAAAAAAGGAAAACAGAAAUUUCAUAAAACAUAUAUUGUGACGUCCCUUAACUUUUAUACAUAUGUACUACACAGUCGCGCUUAUGAUUCAUUGAUUGUAAGCUUUUACUAAAUCUAAAAAAAAAAAGAAAAAAGGAAAAGUAACGAACCAUUUACUUAAACAAUCUUUGAAGGAUUUAUUCUUGUAUUGGUCAUGUUUUUAUAAAUAUAUGUAAUUGUUGGUUAAGCUCUUGAUAUACCUAAGUAAUAUUUACUUGUAGAUAUACAUAUAUAUUAACUGUAUCAAAAUUUGGGGCAUCCCAUUGUUUUUAGCAACACUUUCUCCCGCUCUUCAAACAAUACAUUUAAAGAUUUGGUAACAUCAAUCACUGAAUACUAAAGCUCAUUAUCAUUUUGAAUUAUUUUUUAAUCCAUCAUAUUCUACCAACCUAGUCAUGUUAAUAUACCUUUUAAAAUGUUUCUUUUAAUAUCUUAAUUCCCCAAUUUCUCAAAACACCACCUCAAAUUCUAAAUAAAAAUGUCGGCGGCAAAAGAAACUUGUGGAAUAUGGUGAUCAAUUAAUAUGGUGUCUAAAAAAAAAUUUGCAUUGUUUCCUUAAAACGCCAGACUGUGGUAUAUCUAAGCAAUAAAUGACACAUUUUUCUAUCUAGCUAAGAACAAUCCAUAACAUUUUAAUAUGUCAUGCUUAAGUGAUUGGUUGACAAAUCUUUUAUGUAUAAAACAUAUAUAUUAUAUACGAACAUCUUUCAAAAUGUGUAGUAUGCGACCUUUAGUUGAUCUACGACUGAAGAAGUUAACGUUCGGAUUUCUCUUUUAUAUUAUCAAAAAAGAAAAAUAAAAUAAAUAUUUUUUGUUAAGGUUUCGAUUAAAAUCGCUGACACUCGAUCUAAAUUUAAACUUUUUUUCGUGAAUACCAUUGUAAAUGUGAGGCAUUCUUCAUUAGCUUGGUAAAAAAGAAGUAAAUUCAUAAAAAAAACCAAGCAAUAAAGUACGCUGAGUUGUUUGUGAUAGCUAUAUUUCUUUUCAAAUAGCUUUACUAUAAUAUUCUAGUUUGGUAUUUUGCAUUAACUGAACUUAAAUGUUGUACGCAACCAUACACUUGUACAUACUGCUGCUGCAAAAUACCAAAUCGUGGUAAGUCAUCUUUUUGAAAAUAAAAUCUUUAAAAUUGUAUAAAUAUAAAAAAAAACUAUCUAUAAUGCCUUCAUACUUCCUAACUUAUUAUAAUGAUUAUUAUAUAUAAUAAUGCACUGAAGUAUUGGGAUGUUAGACUUUUAAUACUUUAGUACUAUCACUGUGUCACAAAAACAGUGGCCAUUAAUAUUAAUCUCAGUACUGGAAAAUAAUUAACAAAUAAUAUCACAAAAAAAGGCAUUUAUCGAAAACAGUCCGUAAAAACCAUCAAUAAUAAAUAAGAAGUAUGUGUUUAAGAAACGUAAUGUUUUUGUACUUAACAGAUCUUAACUGUUAAUAUAUACAAUUUUUAACGUAACUCACACUUAAUAUUAAUAAUAAUUAUAAUAAAUCAUUCUUCGAAUUAUGGUCAAAAAGAUAUUUAUACCUUAAGCGCAUUUUAUCCCAAAAAAAUAAAACAUUUUUGCGUUACGUUUCUUAAACCAUAUUACCAACAAAAUUAAGAAUGUAUAAAAUAUCAAAUCCUUCAUAAUAUAAUAAAAACACAACAAAAUUACAAGUCACAAGUGAUAUUUACAAAUUAAAAACGGAAGAAAAUUCAAAAACUGUUUUCCAGUACAUCUAGACUUAGCUGAAUGUUUUUAAAUAAUUGAAUAUACAUUAUAUACAUAUUUAAAAAAAAUGAGAAAAGGAUGACGACGCAUUGAUAUAAUUCAUAUCAAUCGAAAUGUGCAAUUUACGAUGGACAAACUUCUAAAAGUUCUGCAUGUUUCUAUUUGGCAGUUGUUUAUAUCUGUGAUCGCCUUGCGUUACUUGAGUUUACACUGUGUUACUACUUUCGUCGAGGAUGCGGUUCGUUUAAAUGAAAAAAAAAUAUUUAAAAAAAAUGAUAUAUGAAAACAAGUAAAAAUAAUAAUUAAUAAAAUGUUGCAAUUCUACAUUUCAAUUGUACUGGAUAUUUUGAUUUUGUGUUCUUAUUAAAUAUAUAUAAUUAAUUAAACAUU